AUGUCAAACGGAACGGAUUUUAACAACAUCGUGGAUGUUUCCUGUUUGCAACGUUGGGGAUCGACUCCUGCUUGGCGUUUAACCGAUUAUAGCAUAGCCGGACAGAGUCCGAGGCACAAGGAAUCCCCAUUUCCGUUCGAUCCGAAAUUAAACGAUAAAAUUUGUCUCUGGGAAGGUGACAUAUCUUCGUUGAGCGUCGACGGCAUAGUACAUUCGACGAACGAAACAUUAUCCGAUCAGAAUCCCAUAAGUGAUAAAAUUCACUGGAGAGCAGGACCGGAUCUUAGAGAAGAUAUACGACUCGAAAUCAAAGAAUGUCGAACUGGAGAAGUUAGAGUUUCUCAGGGUCACGGAUUGCCAUCUCGAUUAAUAAUACACACGGUCGGACCGAAGUACAACACGAAAUAUCACACAGCCGCCGAAAAUACACUGCACGGUUGUUACAGAAACGUUUUACAAAAAGCACAAGAGCUUAGAUUAUCUACAAUCGGAUUAUCUGUGAUCAAUUCAGUUAGGAGAAAUUAUCCGCCGAACGAAGGAGCACACAUAGCCCUACGUACCGUUCGACGUUUUUUGGAAAAAUAUCCGAACGCUUUCGACACUCUCGUUUUCGUCGUCGAUUCGUCGGAUUUUGGAAUAUACGAAGUCAUAUUACCUCUCUACUUUCCCCGAUCCGAAGCGGAGGAAAACAAAGCGAGGUGGCAAUUACCCACCGACAUUGGAGGCUCAGAUGGAGAACCUCUGUAUCCGGACAGACAAAUCAGGAUAAUUGACAAUCCACAGCACGCAUUCGGAAACGAAGAACUAAACAUAUUUCAAACGGAUGAUUGCUGUUUAAACAUAGGAGAACACGCUUUUAGUCAAAUGCAAGGGGAUCUCGAUCAGCAGAGGUUACUGGGCGAAAGGCCCUGUAACGAUCCUGUUACGGAUAUUCUUAUAAAAGAAAUGCAACACAAAGGACGGUAA